CAAAUAGUAAAUAAAAAUAAAAAUUAACCUUUUACAUAUAAAUUUGUAGCCGGCACAUAAUAUAAAAUAUUAUAACAUUAAUUUAAUUUGUGAAUUCUGUAUUAAAUAAUGGAACAGUUUUCUGUAUUAUCUAAACAUUUUGUACAUUUUGUAUAUUCUAUACAUUUUGUUGUUGAUUUUGUUAGUGAAAAGUAUAAUUAAAGUGUAAAAUAAUUUUAAUAGCAUCCAUGCAUAAUUAUUGCAAUAAAGUAAGUUGAUAUGUAUGUCAGGAUAUUGUUAACAUGCACAUAGUGUUUAUAUUAGCCAUGCUCUUUAGCUUAUGUGUUAUAUUUCAUAUCAAAGCAUGAUAUAUCAACAUUCCUGGGUAAUAGUAACGCUUACUAGGAAUGUUGGAAAUUUUAAAAGUUAUUUAUUAAAAACAGUAGGAGUUUUUGUUAAAAUUCUGUGUAUUCUGGUAUAGGUUGUAAAUAGAGUGAUUUUUGAAGACAUUGGGUUUAGGUCUAAAGUUGACCGUAGCGAUCAUGAGUAAGAAUUAAUAAAAUACAUUAUACAAUUUUCUUGACAUAUUAGAAUGAUUUUUGCUGUAGAAUUUAUAAUAACUUAGUGUCAGACCAAAAUUUUUAAUGACAAAAAAACGUUUAAUGAAAAUUUAACUAUAAUAAAAUAAAUAUAUUUUAAUAAAAUAAUAAUAUAAUAUACUUGUAACCAAUAGUAAUAACAAGUUCUACCUCCUAAUAUUAAUCAUAUCAAAAUAUCAAAUUGUACAAGCAAAAGUUAAUUAUUGAAACAUAUUAGACACGUAGGUAACCAUAUUAUAUUAUUCAUGACUAAUAUCAUAAGUAACUGCUUUAUAAUAUUUUAUUGUGCAAUAAUAUAUCUUUAAAAACUAAGCAUAAUUUAUCUUUUACAGUUAACUCAAAAAAGCGAAAUUUUCCAUAAUUUUAGUCAUUUUUCAAUUAAAAUAAACACAAAAAAAAAUGUAUCGAGUAGCCGGUGAACCUAGUGGUAAUUUUAAAUGUAGUAAUCUUUUCACUUAAUUUAUCUUAGACCGUCAAUUGAAAAAGAUUAGGCCAUAUUGUUCUACUUUGAAGGUAGUAUUACAGUAUUUUAAUGACUUUUGAUAAUUUAAUAAUUACAAUAUUUUACAAUAAACCAUUUAAUGAAAUAUAAAUUUUAUUUUAUAUUACUAAUUUUGACUAAUUUAAAUCAACUAUAUAUUUUGAUAUAUUUAAUAAUUUGGGAGGGAUUUGACUAUAAUAAAAUUUAUUUUAAUAAUAUAAUAAUAUUAAAACAAAUGUAAUUUGUUAUUACUUAUUACAAAUAGUAAUAACAAUUACUACCUCCUAAUUAUAGUCAUAUCAAAACAUCAAAUUGUACAAGUAAUAAUUGGCACAUAAUAGGUAUGUAGGCACCUAUAUUAUAUUAUUCACGACUAAUAUCAUACGUAAAUAUUUUAUACAAUUAUGGUAUGCAAUUAUAUGUCUUUAUCAAUAAAUCAUAAUUUAUAAUAUUUAGUAAACAAAAAAAAGUGAAAAUUUCCAUAAUUUUAGUAAGUUUCAAAUUAAAAUAAACACGAAGUAACUUUUUUUGAUCCUGUAUCACGUAGGCAGUGAACCUAGCGGUAAUUUUAACUGCAGUAUUGUUUUCACUUAAUUUUCUUAGACCAUCAUGUAAAAGUGAUUACGCCGUAUUAAUCUACCUUGAAGGUAGGAUUACAGUAUUUUAAUGACUCUUGAUGAUUUUAAAUGUACAAAAUUUUAUAUUAAACCAUUUAAUAACAUUUAAUUUUAUUAUAAAAUAACUGAUUUUGUCUUAUUAAAAUCAACUUAUGUUUAAUAGGUAAUUUACAAAUUUGGCGAUCUAAACCUCUAGCCAGAACAUUUGGAUAAUCCGUCGACUACUACUAUAACGUAACGGGUAGCAAAGGAUACAAUUAUUUUGUCGACGUAGAAUAUCGUAUAAUUUGCGUAUCUAUUCGGAUUAAUUGCAAAUAUGCUGUUAAAAUUUAUCGUUUUGUAUGUUAUUUUUUAUUCUCUUAUGUCAUUGUCGGUACACGGUGAUGGUGACUUUGGUCCUGAUUUUCCAUUUCCUGACCCACCUGAUAAUCCACCUUUCACUUCUGACCCUGGCAAUCCAUCAAUUCCUAAUGUACCUGAAAUUCCAGGUACUCCUGGUCACCGUCACCGUUAUCCUGAUAGUUCACCCCCAGACGAUUGUGGUGGUUUCGGUUGUUGCCCCUCACCUUGUAGGAGAAAUUUAACAUGGGCCGAAUAUGAUUGUAAUAAAGGUUAUCAUAUUUAUGAACCCGAAAUACCUAAUUGUUAUUGCUGUAACUGAAAAUUUCAUUUAUUUGAGGCACAAUUGCAAACUAUUUCACAAAUUCAAUAAAAAUGUGAAAAAUCCAAAAUGAUCUUUCCAUUAUUUAUUCGAUUAAUGAAGCACACUAACAAAUUGAGGCACUGCUAACAUUUAAAUUAAUUUACACCUUCUAACCACAAGAAUAUUGGGAUGACAUUAUGUGCAUAUACCCUAAUAAUAAUAUAUUAUAAUAAACUUGCUGUAAUAAUUAUACAUUAAAUUUAUUAUUUUAGAUUAAAAGACAUUAAAAAUCAAUUUUUGUCAGUACAAUAUCUGUGUAAUACAUUUAUCAAAAGUGAUAAAAUUAAAUAGUUUUUAAUUACAGUUUAUU